UCCGCAGCGUACAAAUCUUACAUAAGAGUGCAAAAGGAGUAAGGCCUUAAUAAAAAUGUUUCUAACGGUUAAAUUGUUUUUUUGUUUUACAGACAAAGCGUUAAGGGUGUGGAUAGUAGGGCAUUCCUACGUCUAUUGGGCACAGGCUAGGGCUGCAGCAUCGGCGCAGGGAGUAAAUUUGGGACUAUCGCACAAGGAAGUUAGCAUUAGAUGGGUAGGAAAAAGAGGCAUGAUGUGGGACGAGUUAGUGCCUACAAUACAGCUGGCAAGGAGAAGAUGGGGGUGUCCGGACGCCAUAAUUAUACAUCUGGGGGGAAACGACAUAGGUGCUUACCCACUUAGAGAGCUAGAAGAGAAAGUUGCAGGAACAAUGAGAUGGUUGAAGGUGGCAUGGCCAUCAGUGAGGGCGAUAUGGUCCAAUAUAGUUUCGAGGAUAUUCUGGCGGAACUCGUACACGAGCAAAGCAGGAUAUAGAUCAAGGAGAAAAGUGAACCAGGUGGCAGCAAAGGUUAUGAAGGAAAUAGGGGGUAGAGUGGUGGAGCACCCACUGAUAGCAGCGAGAAAGGAGGAGCUAUUCAGACGGGAUGGAGUGCACCUAACGGAUGAGGGGAAUGACCAGCUGCUGGUGGACAUCAGAGGGAUGUGCCAAGAGUUGGUAAAGACGCAGCAGAGCACGAUGCAAUAACCGGAGAGGUCACGUGAGAAGGCAGUACUUGCACGGCUAAGGGCAGGACGUUGACUAAUUGGUUGAGUCGCAGUAAGACCGCCCGUGCUCCUCAAUAAGGGGAAGAACACAGCGCAACCGAAGGGCAGCAGGUGACCUGGCGGUCUACGCUGACUGGAGGAUAGAAAACGGCAGCUGUUUUUUAACAUAGUAUUGAGCAUACAAUCGCAGCAAGCGGUGAAGUUUGUG